AUGGUGCAGAAGGCAUCGCAGGUAGCUCAGACCUUAGUGCAGGAAGCUCAAGUUGGUGGCCCAAAUGCUGCCCUUCGUUAUGCUUGUACACUAUCCAAGCAGUUCGUUUUCAGCCAACUGGCAUUGGUCAUGUAUGAAGUCAACCGUUGGCCGCCAUUACAUGCAGUUGCACAGAUGGCUGUUCCCACUGCAGCUCACUUGGCCGAGAAUUACAACAAAGUUUUUCAACAGGCUGAGGCAGCCGCCACCCCCACAAAGGAGGGCGAUGCAGCCACUUCAAUUGAAAGUGAAUCAGAUGAGGUUCAGGAAGUUGUGACCUAG